AUGACAACCGAAGAAACGACUACAAAAAUACAGGCGUGCUCGUUACGAUCAGGAAUAUACACUUCUGAAAAGCAUGGAAGCGAUGAACAAGGAGAUGGUACAGAGUCAAAACCAUUCAAAACUAUUUUGCAAGCAUUGAGGAAACACACCGGUGAUGACGAAUACAUUAUUUACGUUGAUUCUAAGGAUGAAACAAAAGGUAAAUGGGAGGAAAUUUCAAAAACACAGUUGAAAAACCAAAAAAAAACUUAUGAAGAAGAGAAAAGAAAACAAGACAGACAUGCUCAACGUGAGGAGGAUGAAAAAUUGCCGAAAGCAGUUGUGUCAAAAAUUAAAGAUGUUCAAAAACGCUAUGGUGAACGAGUGAAAGUGUAUGGAUGGGUUCAUCGUCUUAGACGUCAAGAAGCAACUGUUCUCAUUUAUGGUGUGGUUCAACCUGUACCAGAGGGAAAAAGUGCACCUGGCAAUCAAGAAUUAAUAACCGAUUAUUUCGAAGUAGUUGGUCAUUCGCCAGCCGGAGGUGCUGAUACAUUGCUUAACGAGGAGUCUCAUCCAGAUGUACAAUUAGAUAAUCGACACAUGAUGAUUCGUGGAGAAAAUAUAUUACGUCUUCGAUCAAUUGUCACACAAUGUUUUCGAGACCAUUAUUUCGGUAAUGGUUACUAUGAAACAUUUCCUCCAACAUUAGUACAAACGCAAGUGGAAGGUGGUUCAACAUUGUUUGGAUUAAAUUAUUUUGGUGAACGAGCUUAUCUGACUCAAUCAUCCCAGUUAUAUUUGGAAACUGCGUGUGCAUCCCUCGGUGAUGUGUUUUGUAUUGCACAGUCCUAUCGUGCUGAACAGUCAAGAACAAGACGCCAUUUAGCCGAAUACACUCAUGUUGAAGGCGAAUGCCCAUUCAUUGAUUUUAAUGAUCUUCUCGAUCGUAUAGAAGAUCUUGUUGUUGAUGUUGUUGAUCGUGUAUUGAAACAUCCAGAAUCUCAUCUUUUAUUCGAAGUUAAUCCAACGUUUAAAGCACCAAAAAAACCAUUUAAACGUAUGAAUUAUACUGAUGGCAUUGAAUACUUGAAACAACAUGACAUUAAAAAUGAAGAGGGAAAAUUUUAUGAAUUUGGCGAUGAUAUUCCUGAAUUACCUGAACGUAAAAUGACCGAUGAAAUAAAUGAGCCAAUACUGUUUUGUCGAUUUCCAGCUGAAAUAAAAUCGUUCUACAUGAAACGAGAUCCGAAUGAUAAUCGUCUUACAGAAUCGGUUGAUGUAUUAAUGCCCGGUGUUGGAGAAAUUGUUGGUGGAUCUAUGAGGAUGACAGAUCUUGAAGAACUGAGCGAAAGUUUUCGUAAAAAUGGACUUUCACUAGAACCAUAUUAUUGGUAUCUUGAUCAGCGCAAAUAUGGUACAUUUCCACAUGGCGGUUAUGGACUUGGUUUAGAUCGUUUUAUGACAUGGUUAACAAAUCGUCAUCAUAUUCGAGAUACACCACUUAAAACUUCCGAUCAUUCACCAAAACUUGUUCAGUCACGUGAUGAGACGAUUGAUGAACAAGACAAUAAUUCAACUGCAAAUUAUUGUCUUCAGGUCAAUCCAAUGACAUUGAUGACUUCCUCGCAACUGUUUCAACCUGUAGACGAUGAUGAUAAUGAAAUCUAUGCCUCGCCAAUUAUAGAUACAAUGGAGGACAGUAUCGAUUCGCCAUUUGUUGUAAAAGAUAAAGAGACAAAAUCUCAUUCAAAUGUUUCUGAACUUUGUCAAAUUGUCUCUCAAAUACGCGAAAAAAAUGACAAAAAGCGUAAUUUUUCGUCAGAUCGUUCAAAUAAAGACAUAUCACUGACGUCAUUGUCAUCAAAAAUAACAUUGUCAAACGUAAAUGACAUUCAUUCAUUAUCAAAAAGUAAUGAACACAUACAUCUAGACGAGACUGCGAUUGAUGCGUGGGUUCAGAGUACAACGAUUGAACAUACAAACUUGACAAAGGAUAUUAUUCCUCUUGAUCGUUCUCCAUCACUUCCUCCUGAACUCGAUCCUCCAAUGACAACCGCCGCAGUAUCAUCAGUCGUUCACAGUCAAUUCGAUAAGAUUUCAGUAUGUUCAAGUACUACAACAGACAACGAUGAUUUUGUCGAUAACGAGACUCAAAGAUCACGCGAAUCAACGAUAUGUGAGAGAGAGAUUUCAAACACAUCGAAACAAUUAUUUUCACAAACAAAUUCUUCAUCGUCUUCAAUGACGCAAUCAUUACUUGAUCAACAUCCAUUACCAAGAAGUUUAUCAUUUCCUUUACUUGACGAUGAAACACGACUAACUGUCGAACUGAAUGAGGCUGAUGAUCUUAUUGGAGAAGCUUUGCAUAAAAUGAAGGAUUUAACAACAUCAACACCAAAAAAAUCUCCUGAACCACAAACUGCUAGUGUCGAUUUAACAUUUUUACCUAUUUGUGAAUCAGAUGAAUCUGAAACCGUUGGCGAAAAUGAUAAGCGUUCAUAUCACGAUCAUCCUCCAAUAGACUCUGAUAAUACGUAUGAUGAACCAUUUGUGCUUGAAGGAAGAAGUCCUAAAAAGUCGUUUACAACAUUUCCUUAUCCGAUAUCAACUACUAGUGAGAAAAUUGAACAGAAACAAUUAUCUCGGUCACAUGGUAACAAUUCUAAUCCAUCGAAUUUUCAACGUUCGAAGUCACAUUUUGUUCAAAAAUCUACUUCAACUUCAAAAAAACUACUUCGCUCACCUAGUUUAAAAAUGACACAUUCUUUGUCUGCGAAUAAUAACAGACACGUCAUGGAUACCCACCAAUCACAUAUAUCCGAUAAUGUUUUUAGCAGCCCAAGUACAGCAAAUUCACUUAAAAACACUGGGCAUCAUUCUAAUAACCAUAAAUUUCUGUCUAUUCCAUCGACAACAUCAUCAUUGUUAUCAUCAGGAAGUCGUAUUUUUUCCUAUUUGUCUGAUUGUUCGGGUAAUUCUCGUCUUUCAUCGAAUAUCGCUACGAGUUUAUCAGAAACGAAUCCGAGUAUAAUUGAAGAUGCUCAAGAAAUGGAAGAAAAAAGAGUUGGAUUAGAAAAACAAAAACAAAAUUGGCCAAUAACCUUAAGUGAAGUACCAAUGCUACAACAACAUAAAUCAUUAUCCAUAUCAAAACAUCAUUCAACGACAAGUCAAUCAUCGGAUACAUCAUCAACCGGUGAAAAGCCUACGCAUCGACAAAAGCCACAUCAACAACGCAUCUCUAAUAUAAAGGAUGUUCGACGAGAUUCUAAAGGAUCAACUGAAAUGAAAAAGUAUGAACAAGAACCAACGCCAGUUGAAUGUCCACCACUUGAUCUUCGUCAACUAGCAUUUACUCAGUUAUGUAGUUUACUGGAAGUCGGUGCACGAAUUGGAGGCACAUAUCCUCAACAAUGCCCAAAAGAUAACAACUUACUGAUACAAAGUGAAAUUGACACUGGAAAAUCAAUUGAAUUUUGUACCGCUCGUUCUCAUUCACCUAAAACAAAAUUAUCGAAUAAAGCCAAAGAGUUUAUUUAUCGAGCAGAAUCUGAUCCUCUUGAUUCCCAACAACAGUCACAUGAACAAGUGCAAUCAGCAUUCCAGAAGUUGUAUGUAAGCAGUAAUGAUGAACAUCACUUUUCUUCAUUACCUAUAACUCAAUGUCGAAAUGUUCAAUCAUCUAUUAACGAAUCGGAUGAUUUGGAUAGAAGUCAUACGUCGGUAAGAUCGACACGAUCUGACUCGAGUGUAUUACUACAUAAUUCGACACAAAAUGGAAGUCAAACAGAAUUAUUAAAUGAAGCACAAGACAAAAAUUUAUUUAUGUCAUAUGGAAAUGACUCAACAACAUAUUCAUCCUUACAUUUUAGUCGAUAUGUACCAACAAAGAUGCGUCGUCGUCGAAAAAAUUUAUAUCAAAAUAUGAAUAAUAAUAAUACUAUAAAUUUAUUUUAUACGCAUGAUCGAAACAACUCGUUAACUAAAAAUAUAACAAAAACAAUAGUCGAAGAAGCGAAUACUUGUGAAAUAACUAAAACUAUACCUAUCUCUCUUACUGAACAUCUGCAAGUAAUGAAUUCAUUAUUGAAUAAUUUUAACAUUAAUAAUUAUCCAAGAGAAAAUUUCUAUAAAAAAUUAUAUGAGUAUAUCAAGGUAAAUCCUAUUCGAAAACGAUGUAGUAAGAAUGAAAUAAAAAAAUUUAUUGACGACAUGAAUAAUUUAAAUUUUUCAAGUAGUUAUCAUUAUGCUUUUCUUACGGACAAUAUUACAAUGCCAUUAACAAAUUGUUCUAAUGGAAAUGGUGAAGAUGAAUCAGGAGAGAUUCGAACAUCAUCAACCGGUGAUGGCAAUGUGGCAAGUGGAGAAGGUGACUCAACAACAUCGUCACCGAUAUUUUUGCGUUUAAAUAGUACAGAAUCUGUGGAGGAAGCAACAAAAUAUAAAGAAAAUCCAUUACGUUAUUUUCGUACGCUACAAACAGAUUAUGUUGAAGAUUGUGUAAAAACCGAAGAAGAAUUGACAAAAUUUUUUGACAAAGCUGAUAAACGACACAUUAUUGAUUGUUUAAAACAUACAGAGUAUAGUCAAGGUAUAGAUUUGACUAAUCGACGUUUAGAAGCAUUGUUUGUCUGGUAUAAUUUAUAUUAUGAAUUAACGGUAUCAGUUAAAAAAUUAGCCGGUCUACUACGAUGUGAUGAAUGUGAUGAUUGGCCAAAAUUAAGAUUUCGAUCAAUUACAACAGAGAAAGAACGCCAAAAAAUUAUUGAUGGAGGCGUUGAGUAUUCAACAACGGACGAUGAAGAGGAAGACGAGAAUAGUAAUGAAUCAGAACUCACAAAGGAUACUGAAGAUAAAGAGGAGAAACCACGUACAGAGAAAAAAGUUGUAUUCGAUGAUGUUUAUCCGAGGAAUCGUUGGCCAGAUACAAAUGAAUUAUCAAAACACUUACCAAGACAUGUUUCAGAGCAGACUUCGUUUGUAGAAGAAUCAACACAACCAUUAGAUCGAUCAGCGUGUUAUAAGAAUUUUGUUUAUUAUAUGGACAAACGUUCAUAUCAAGUAAAAUAUGAUGGUCUGGCAAGUACAUUGUUGACAAGAGUAGCACCAGUUCUAGCAAAGACGCGUUUAGCAUUAUUACAAGCACCAGACAGACAAAAAGUGAAAAUUGAGCAGGUACUAGCUGGUUUACCAUUAACAUUUCUUCCAUCUUCAACAACAACCAAAAAUGUAAAGACUGAAGAUACGAAUGAUGAAGAAACCGACAAUGAAAAUAGUAUCAUCGAUACAGAUGUUACAGCUACAAUGGUAAAUCCUUCUGAAACAUCAUCACGUUUUGAUACAACAAUUGAAAAAUGGGUAUUUAAUAUGUUAAAAUCGUGUCAACCAGUCAAAAGUAUAUGUCAAUAUAUGGAUGAAAUAUUGCGAGAAAACUGGCUUGAUUUUCAUCAUCAACUUGGUUUACCACCAUUGUUACCAUUAUACUUUUUUAUUGUCAAUGUAUUACUUGAUGUUAUGCACGAAUGUCUUCUGCUCUAUAAUCAACCUUAUGCAACGAGUUCAAGCAGCUUAUUAGAUUCUCUAUGUCGACAACAAUUGGUACAUGAAUCAAAAUUAAUUUUACGUGAUGCACUAGCAAUUCGAUUGUAUUGUAUUCGUAUGGUUGAACAAUUUUUACCAAAUCAUUCUAUUGCAAGAGAAUUACAUGAUUAUGAUACGGCUAUAACCGAUAUCUAUGCACAUUAUAAACGUUUUCUUGUUACUGUAUGUGAUAAUCGUUGUUUUACUGAUGAAAAAAAUGAUGAUAAUAAUUUAUAUUAUUAUGUUGAUGAAGAAACAUCCGAACUUGAAAAAGAAUAUUAUUUUGCACGAGAUGUCACAUUAACAUUGGGAAAUCAAACGGAAAUACGAUCAUUAGGAAAUCUUUUUUGUUUUCUUGUUCAAAGAAUAUUUACACAAUUGAAAGAAGAAUUAAAUGACAUAACAGAAAAAUAUUAUCAAGCAUUUGAUACAAACGGAGAUAUGAUGAUUUCUCUUGAACCCUUUGGUGAAGUGAGUGAUCGACCAAAUUUGAGAACAUUAAGUUUUAAUACGUCGCGAGAUGAACCAGAUGGUGAUGCAUCUCAUACUGGCGAUAUAUCACAACAGAAAAAAUCAGCAAUUAUUAAGAGUACACGUGAAUUUCGAAAAAAAUUUGAAAUAAUACGACAACGUGCAAACCAUGCGUUCCCAUUGGCAAAAACAAUUAUUGAUGAUUUUUCAAUUGCUGCCGAAUUCUACUGCAAUAAUUAUUCUGAAUUAUGGGAAAAAUUACAUGAACAUUCGUAUGCACAAGUCAAAAUUGAAUGUGGAAAUAAUGGAGCUACAAGUGAUUUUGAAAAUUUUGUUUUAUUUGUUCCAAAAUAUAUUGCACACGAUAAAAAUCAAGUUGAACAAUUACUCAAUUGUCGAUGUAGUCAACCACCACUAAAUGUUGAUGAAAAACGGCCAAAAAUGUCAAAAACUCAAUUAAAAUCAACUGAAAGUGAACAACAAUCAACAUCGCCUGCGUAUAUGCUAUUUAUACCAAAGAAAAAUAUUCCACAUAAUCCAUCGAAAUGGGAAUCUGAUAUUGUUCUUGUUCAUUCGAGUCCUAGUACCGAACUAGCACUAAAUUUUGAUGAGCCCAAUUGUUUACAUUUGGUUGUAACUCGUUCUGAUCAAUGGGAGAAUGCUGUAUCAACAUUUUCAUCUCAUUUUGAAGGCUGUAAUUCAUCAACUGAAUGUGUAAAAAAAAUCGGUCGAGAUGAUCAUGUACGAGAAAUGUUAGAUAAAUUUCCGGAUGAUAUUGAUCAAUUAAGUUUAAAAUUUGUUGAUGUUGUUAAAAUAUUAGAUAAAAUAUGGGAUCAAAAUUCGACAACAUCACGAUCACGAACAAUCGAAUCAAAACUAAUGGAUACAAUUAUGUAUAUUUAUAAUUCAUGUUUUGAAUUAUAUAGAUUAUUAUAUUCUCUAACAACAACAAAAUAUUUGAAAAGUUAUAUAGUUCAUAUGAAUGAAUUUUUUUGUGAAUGGUGUAAAUUUACGAAAAAAUUUACACAAAAAAUUGCAAAGAGUAAAGUGUUAAGACCAAAAUGGGCCAGACCGGGUAUUAUAUUUGUUCAAUUUUUGGCCAAACCAUUACACUUGGAAUUGUUAGAGACAGACGAUUACAAACGUUUAACAACAGAAAUGUCGACAGCAUUCAACUCCUUAUUUGAUUAUGAUACUGAUUCGAGCACCACAGCUAAUAGUAACGCUCGUUCUAAUUCUGUUAGUUAUCCAUCACCAUAUUCUCGACAACGAACUACAGGACAUCACAAACCUAUAAGUGGUCAAAUAAUGGAAACAUCAUCAUUAACAUUAUCGCCUAUGAAACGUAUUAAUGAAAAUGUAAAAAAACGAGAUGAAGAAAUUGAUGAAAAAUUAAGACAGCGAAAAAUUAUUGGAAAAGUAUAUACAAUGGGAAAUAAUUUAGUUUAUGAUCCUACAGCUACGCUUGAUAGACGUCAAAUUGACUUUCCAUGGCGUAGAGGAACUCGAAUUGGACAAGGUGGUGCGGGUGUUGCUUUUCGAGCUAUUAAUUGUGCAACAGGAUCGAUUGUCUGUAUGAAAGAGAUUCAAUUGAGUAGUAUUGCCUCGCGUUCCUUACCAAGUACAUAUCCAGAAAAAUUGAGACGAAUUGCUGAGGAAAUUGAUAUGAUUAUGGGCAUCAAUCAUCCAAAUAUUGUUCGAUAUUAUGGAAUAGAAAAAUAUAAGCGUACAAUUUAUAUAUGUAUGGAAUAUUGUUUAUCGACAGUGAAUGAAUUUCUAAAUGAUAUACGAGCAUUUCAACGACGUACUUCUGCCAGAUAUAAAGAUUCAGAUAGUGAUAAUGACACAAAUACAACAACAAUCGAUCAAAUACCACAAUUUGAUAUAAAUGAACUUGUACGCGGAUUUACCAGACAACUAUUAAAUGCAUUACUAGCAUUGCAUGAUAAGAAAAUUGUUCAUUGUGAUGUGAAAGGUGACAAUAUUUUUAUUGCACUAGAUAAUGGAAUAUAUCAUGUUAAACUUGGUGAUUUCAAUUUAUCACAUCGUUUAGAACUUGAAUUUCCAUCGCCAUCAACUCCUGGCGAUUCGCGCAGUACACAAUUUGGCACACUUUACUUUAAACCACCUGAAUCAGAAUAUGUUUGUGCAAGUGAUAUAUGGGCUCUUGGUUGUACCAUUAUUGAGAUGUUAACAGGAAAACUUCCAUGGACAAUUGUUGUACGGCCUCCUGAUGAUAGAAUUUAUAUUCAAAAUCAAUUGUUGGCUAAGAAAGGUCCACCAAUACCGGAAGACCUUCCUCCAGAAGCAAGAGAUUUUAUUCAACAUUGUUUAACACCUGAUCCAGAUCAACGACCAUUGGCACGUGAUCUAUUAAAUAAACCGUAUCCACGUGUUAGAGCUGACUUUCCUCAAUUGGAUUUUACUAGUCCCAUUAGUGAAAAAAAUCGUCAACAAAAAUAUAAUCGAACGAUUGAUAAACAACCAUUGUUUACUCGUUUACGUGGUCAAUGUUUAUUUGGUAUUCAUCCAGUUUAUUUAGCAUUGAAAAUGAAACGACGACAAUUUUAUAAACUUUAUCUAAAUAAAAAUUUUGAUCAAGAACGGCCAUUAACAACGGAUAUUAUUAGUAUGGCUAAAGAUUUAUCAAUUAUUACCGAAAAUAUCUCACCUUUAGAACUUGAUCAAUUGUCAUUUGAUAGACCGCAUCAAGGUGUGUGUUUAGAUUGUUCAUCUUUACCUGUUUCGUCAAUCAAUGAAAUGAAUGAUGAACAGAACACUUCAAAUUUAAUUAAACUUGAUUUAUUACUGUAUCAGAUUAUCGAUCCAAUGAAUUUGGGUGCUAUAGUUAGAAGUGCACAUUUUUUUGGUAUUGAUCGUUUAAUAUUGUCUAAAAAUACUUGUCAACCAUCACCUAUUGCAAGUAAAGCAAGUUCAGGUACAUUAGAGACAAUGACUAUAUAUUUAUGCGAAAAUAUUGACACAUAUUUAAAAACCUUAAUAAAUAGUAAAAAAACGAUUAUUAUCUCGGCGAAUAAUCGAAGUGAAAUGAAUUUACAAAAAUUUUCUAUAGAUAAAAUAAAGACAGAUCAUGGUAGUAUAACGAGAAUACUUUUAAUUGUUGGUAAUGAACAUCGUGGUAUCUCGUCUGAUUUAGCAUCCUAUUGUCAUUAUCAAUAUAAAAUCUCUCCACAUGCAAAAAGUUUAAUUACCUCACUUAAUGUCUCCGUUGCUCUAGGACUUUUUCUGUAUCAUCUAACAUUGCAAUUAAAUAAAUUAUAA